AUGUCGGACGAUGAAACCCCCUUGGAGAGGGGUGCGCCCCCGGAGGCGGAAGAGGAUGCGGCUCACUACGGGCGCCGUCUUGAAGCACAACGGGCAUUCAACUUCUCUCCCUCGAUCCUGAAAGAGGAGAAAUGGUUGGGAUCGAGUGUGCUCUUCGCUUAUCCGGAGCUGGCCACCAUCACCGGUGUGCAGGGUGUCAUUGUCUACGCCUUGUCCUCCUCUCUGCCGCUGCUCAUCUUUGCGGCUCUCGGCAGCAUCAUCCGCCGAAAGACCCCCGAGGGUUUCGUGCUCACGGAAUGGACGCGCCAGCGCUAUGGCACCGCAGCCAUGCUGUACCUCAGCGCUGCGACGCUCUUCACCCUCUUUCUAUACCUGACGGCAGAGCUUUCUGCCAUUGGCCAGGUCGUGACCACCCUGACGGGCGUCAACCAGCUGCCCGUCAUGCUUGUCCAGGUUGCCGUCACCACCAUCUACACCUCUUUGGGAGGUUUCAAGAUAUCUUUUGUGACGGACAACAUCCAGGGAGGCAUGGUCAUCUGCCUUAUUGUCAUUGCUGCCGCCACCAUUGGUGCGCUGACCGACAUUGACACCUCCUUGAUCCGGGAGUCAGAAUUUCUCAAGCCUACCCUCCUGGGCUGGCAGCUUCUGUACAUUCUGCCCGUCUGCAUCCUCACGAACAACUUCUUCCUGUCCAACUACUGGCUGCGCGCUUUCGCUUCCAAGACUGACAAGGACCUUUGGAUCGGCGUGUCCCUGGCGACCACGGUGAUUCUCGUCUUCGGCGUCUUUGUGGCGGCUCCUGUCGGUAGCAUCGUGUGGGGCUUUGCCGCCCUUGCGUGCCGCCUGUCAUUCCAAUACAUCCAGGCCAAGCGUAGUGGCCGCCGCUUCGACGCCCUUGACCGGCCGUACGGCCCCGGCUUCGGCCCCAGCCCCGAGGAACAGGCUCACUACCGCCAGAGCGGCUCUGGCGACGACAUUGCCGACGUCAGCUCGGAGCACGAGCAGGCCGGAUCCAAGCCUGCCGGCAAGUUCUUCUGA